AUGUAUGGCAUUUACCAGAUCUGCUCUGCUCAGUAUUCACAUCAGGCUGGAUCGGUGAAGGGACUUCUGCCAGAGGACUCCUCCUGGAGAGGCCGGGGGUCUUUUACGCGCGGCGGGCCAUGGAGCUCCAGGUGUGUGAGCGCACGGACACGGCUCCUGUCCCCGGGUCCUGGUGUCGGUGCCGGCGGUGAGACCUGGUGGAGCACGAUGGAGGAGAGGACCUCACUGUUCUUCUGGUUCUUCUGGUUCUUCUGGCUGGUUCUCGCCACGCAGAUCACCCACAGCCCGGCGCAGGUUCUCCGGAUCGGCGGGAUCUUUGAGACCCGGGAGAAUGAGUUGGUCAGCAUGGACGAGCUGGCGUUCAAGUUCGCCGUGAACAACAUAAACCGAAACAAGACGCUGAUGCCAAACACCACGCUGACCUACGACAUCCAGAGGAUCAACAUCUUCGAUGGAUUUGAGGCUUCGCGGAGAGUGUGCGACCAGCUGGCCCUGGGGGUGGUGGCGGUGUUCGGCCCCUCCCACAGCUCCUCGGUCAGUGCCGUCCAGUCAAUCUGCAACGCCCUGGAGGUCCCGCACAUCCAGACCCGCUGGAAACACCCGUCAGUGGACAACAAGGACACCUUCUUCAUCAACCUGUACCCCGAGUACACCGCCAUCGCCAGGGCCAUCCUGGACGUGGUCACCUUCUUCAAGUGGAGGAAGCUGACGGUGGUCUACGAGGACAGCACAGGUCUGAUGCGGAUGCAGGAGUUGAUCAAAGCUCCCGCGAAGCUCAACCUGAAGAUCAAGAUCCGGCAGCUCACGCCGGGCAACCAGGACGCCCGGCCGCUGCUGAAGGAGCUGAAGAAAGACAAGGAGUUCUUCAUCCUCUUCGACUGCUCCUAUCGAAUGGCCUCCGAGCUCCUCAAGCAGCUUUCAUCAAUGGGGAUGAUGACGGAGUAUUACCAUUUCUUCUUCACAACUCUGGAUCUGUUCGCUCUGGACCUGGAGCCGUAUCGCUACAGCGGCGUCAACAUGACCGGGUUCAGACUGCUGAACAUAGACGACCCGUGGGUGGCGUCCACCAUGGACAAGUGGGCCAUGGAGAGACUGCAGGGUCCCAAGCAGGAGAUCGGCCUGAUGGACGGAGUCAUGACUACAGACGCAGCCUUGAUGUACGACGCCGUGUUCAUGGUCGCCGUGGCGUCCCAGCGAGCCACUCAGAUGACCGUCAGCUCCCUGCAGUGUCACCGCCACAAGCCCUGGCGCUUCGGCCCGCGCUUCAUGAACCUCUUCAAAGAGGCACAGUGGGACGGACUGACAGGACACAUUGUUCUUAAUAAGACAGACGGCCUGAGGAGAGACUUUGAUUUGGACAUCAUCAGCCUCAAAGAGGACGGCACUGCCAGGAUCGCUGUGUGGAACUCGUACAGGGGGAUGAACCUGACGGAGAAGUCCAGCAGAGACAAGAAUAACAACGUGACCGACUCGCUGGCCAACAGGACCCUCGUCGUCACCACGAUCCUGGAAAAUCCAUAUGUGAUGUAUAAAAAGUCCGACAAGGAGCUCAUCGGCAACGAUCGCUUCGAGGGCUACUGCCUGGACCUGCUCAAAGAGCUCUCCAACAUCCUGGGCUUCACCUACGAGGUCAGACUGGUGGUUGAUGGGAAAUACGGCGCCCAGAAUGACAAGGGCGAGUGGAACGGGAUGGUCCGAGAGCUCAUCGACCACGUAGCGGACCUCGCCGUGGCUCCUCUCACCAUCACCUACGUCAGAGAGAAAUCCAUCGACUUCUCCAAGCCCUUCAUGACCUUGGGCAUCAGCAUCCUGUACCGCAAACCCAACGGCACCAACCCGGGCGUGUUCUCCUUCCUCAACCCGCUGUCUCCGGACAUCUGGAUGUACGUGCUGCUGGCCUGCACGGGAGUCAGCUGCGUGCUCUUUGUCAUCGCCAGGUUUACCCCGUACGAGUGGUACAACCCACAUCCGUGCAACCCGUCUUCCACUCUGAUACAGAACAAUUUCACUUUGCUCAACAGUUUCUGGUUUGGCGUCGGAGCGCUCAUGCGGCAAGGCUCUGAGCUGAUGCCUAAGGCUCUGUCCACUCGUAUAGUCGGAGGGAUCUGGUGGUUCUUCACCUUGAUCAUCAUCUCCUCCUACACGGCCAACUUGGCUGCCUUCCUCACCGUGGAACGAAUGGAUGCUCCCAUCGACUCCGCGGACGACCUGGCCAAGCAGACCAGGAUUGAAUACGGGGCAGUGAGGGAUGGAUCCACCAUGACCUUCUUCAAGAAAUCCAAGAUCUCCACCUACGAGAAGAUGUGGGCGUUCAUGAGCAGCAGGAAGAACACGGCGUUGGUGAAGAACAACAAGGACGGCAUCACGCGCGUCCUGACCACCGACUACGCCAUGCUGAUGGAGUCCACCAGCAUCGAGUACAUCAGCCAGAGGAACUGCAACCUCACACAGAUCGGAGGCCUCAUAGACUCCAAGGGCUACGGAGUGGGAACGCCUAUCGGUUCUCCGUACAGGGACAAAGUGACCAUCGCCAUCCUCCAGCUGCAGGAGGAAGGGAAGCUGCACAUGAUGAAGGAGAAGUGGUGGCGAGGUAACGGCUGCCCCGAGGAGGACAACAAGGAGGCCAACGCUCUGGGCGUGGAGAACAUCGGAGGCAUCUUCAUCGUGCUGGCCGCCGGCCUGGUCCUCUCCGUGUUCGUGGCCAUCGGAGAGUUCAUCUACAAGGCCCGGAGGAACGCCGACAUCGAGGAGUGUGUGUCCUUUAGCGCCGUGAUGGAGGAGCUGGGAACCUCGCUGCAGUGUUACAAAGGCGUCCGGAGGAGGUCGCGACCCCGCAGCACGGCGAGGUCGGCGUGCGUCAUGUGUCAACCCAGACGCACGCCGCAGAGGGACGGAGCCAGACGCGACUCCAGCACCUGA